AUGGACGCAACAUACACAAUGGCACCCAGCCCGGUGCAAGGACAGCCACAAUUUGCAUACUACCCUGCCGAAUCACAAGCUAGACCGCAACCGUACGCCAGCCAUCCUGCCGAUAUGCAGGCAUACUAUGCCCAGGUCUCUCCGUUCCCACAGCAGCAGCACAUGAUGGCGGAUAUGUACUCUACACCCGUUAUCAACAUGCAUCAGAUGGCCACGGCAAAUGCCUUCCGGGGUGCCAUGAACAUGACUCCCAUUGCUUCCCCACAGCCGUCAAACUUCAAGGCCGCUCUUGCAGUUCACGGUUCACCCGCUCUGAUGCCCUUGGACACCCGGUUCGUCAACGCCGAGUACUAUGCUUUCCCUUCAACGCCGCCUCUCUCGACCUCGGGAAGCUCUGUGAGCAGCCCGCCGUCGAGCACCGGCACUCUUCAUACUCCGAUCAACGAGAGCUUUUUCACAUUCGACAAGGUGGAAGGUGUAAAGGAAGGGUGCGAGGGCGAUGUUCACGCUGAGAUCCUGGCCAACAUUGACUGGCAACGCUCUGCUUCGCCAGCCAUGACUCCUGUAUUCAUCCACCCCCCUUCCCUUGCCGCUAGCCAGAGCUCAGAUCUCUUGUCGGCGGGCAGCUCUUGCCCAUCCCUUUCACCAUCGCCAUCACCUGUUUCUUCGCUCUUUGGACAAUCCCAGUCUUCGCUCCAGCUUGAGCAAGGCGCGUCUUUCUGCGACCCCCGCGAACUCACUGUUGAGGCAUCUGUGCACAGCCACCCGACCGAGCUACCCCCCUUGCCUUCUCUCUCUUGCGAGGACGAGGAGCCGAAAGUGGUUCUUGGCAGUGAGGCCGUGACCCUUCCUGUGCAUGAGAACCCAGCUCCGUCUUUCACAUCUUCCACUGAGGAUCCUCUCAGCACACUGCCGACAUUUGAUAGCUUCUCGGAUCUUGACUCGGAAGACGAGUUUGUUAAUCGCCUGGUUGACUUCCACCCCAGCGGAAGCACAUUCUACCUAGGAGGGAAGAGGCAGCGUGUUGGAACGUACUCGCUGGACGAGGACGAGUUCCUGAGUGAACACGGCUUCGAGGAGCCGGAGGAUUCAGAGAUCACCCUUUCUGGUCUCCCGACCAUGAUUCUUCCUGGUACCGAGGUUUCGGAGGAGGCAGCCAACAAGCGGAACAACACCCGCAAGUCAGUCAAGAAGACCGUCUCAUCGGAGAGCCUGUCGGAGUCUUUUAUUGAGCACCAGGCUCAGCUUCCCUGCGAGAACCACUCCCACGAGUUGGUUUCCCGAACUGAGCAAGCGAAUGGUCAAUCCCGCCAGAACUCUGUUGUCAGUGCCUCCGGCUCAGAGUCUGCUUCAGCUCCCGUGUCAGUCAACCGCCGUGGUCGCAAGCAGUCCCUGACGGAUGACCCUUCCAAGACCUUUGUCUGCACCCUCUGCUCCCGCCGCUUCCGCCGCCAGGAACACCUCAAGCGUCACUACCGCUCUCUGCACACUCAGGACAAGCCUUUCGAGUGCAACGAGUGUGGUAAGAAGUUCUCUCGCAGCGACAACCUUGCCCAGCACGCCAGGACCCACGCGGGUACCUCGGUCGUUAUGGGUGUAAUCGACACCAGCAAUGGCGCCCCGUACGACGAGCGGGACCCAGCCACCAUGGGUGCCGUUCUUUACGAGGCUGCCAGCGCAGCUGCCACCAAGUCCACUACCAGUGAGUCGUCCGACGACAACAUGGAAACACCAUCUGUCGAACGACGAUCCCUCAAGAAGCGCAAGCGAGACGAGAACAACGCGUGA